AUGACUCCACAAUCAGCUUCACCUGUACCUUCCGCAGUCUCCUCCACCGCCGCCUCCCAGAUCUCACACGAUUCUCGAGAUGGAGAGCCCCAGGUAACACGUGCCUUCGCGGGCAUGAACCUGUCCGCCAUGAACGGGGAGGUCCUCCCCGUUCCCCCCUCCAACAAGUCCUCUCGACCGACCAUGGCCAAUCGUAUCUCUCGCAUGUUCUCCAACACGGGGAAGUCGACCACCCCGAAGGAGCCGGAAUCACAUCGCGACUUUUCCGAUAGCAGUACCGAGAGUAUCAAAGCGCCCUCCAACAAUGGUAGCAUCAAGCAAUCCAAGCCCUCCUCGAAACCUUCCUCCAAGCCGUCGUCGAAGCCCUCCUCCCGAGCUCCCUCCCGGCAGGCCUCGACCAAAGAAGAGAAUGAAAGAAAGGCGAAGCCCGGGAAUGGCAAAGAGCAUAAAGAAACGCCCGCCGUUCACAAGCGCUUUGAGGUGCCUGCGGAUGGCCCUCACACCCAUCACCUCAGAAGCGCAAGGCGACAAGAGAAGCUAACCGAUCUGCUGCGAGACAUGCUAGGUGGUGGCAGGAAGAAGGAUGAUCAUGUUGAAGAGCAACAGCUGUCCUUGAUGUCCACCUGGAUCGACCAAUUCAAGAAUGAACGGGAUAAGUUAGCCGCGGACAAGAAAGGUGGUCCCAACGCCACGGCUUCGCUGGUGGACAAAUAUGGCAAAUGCCAGGAGAUCGUGGGCCGUGGCGCCUUCGGUAUUGUCCGGAUAUCCCACAAGGUGGAUCCGAAAGAUUCGAAGGUUGAGCAGCUAUACGCAGUGAAGGAGUUUCGCCGGCGUCCCCAAGAAACCACAAAGAAGUAUCAGAAACGGUUGACCUCUGAAUUCUGCAUUUCCUCCUCCCUUCGUCACCCCAACGUCAUCCACACUCUUGACCUUUUGCAAGACGCAAAGGGGGACUACUGUGAAGUCAUGGAGUACUGCGCUGGCGGCGACCUUUACACACUGGUGCUGGCAGCUGGGAAACUGGAAGUUUCCGAGGCGGAUUGCUUUUUCAAGCAGCUCAUGCGUGGCGUUGAAUACAUGCACGAGAUGGGCGUGGCUCACCGCGAUCUUAAGCCCGAGAAUUUGCUUUUAACCACUCACGGGGCCCUCAAAAUUACCGAUUUCGGCAAUGGCGAAUGUUUCCGUAUGGCUUGGGAGAAAGAAGCUCACAUGACGGCGGGACUCUGUGGUUCAGCCCCUUACAUCGCGCCCGAAGAAUAUGUCGAGAGGGAAUUCGACCCACGAGCCGUUGAUCUUUGGGCGACGGGCGUUAUCUACAUGGCUAUGAGGACUGGGCGCCAUCUCUGGCGGGUGGCCCGGAAGGAUGAAGACGAAUUCUACCAGCGGUACUUGGAGGGUCGCAAGCACGAGGAUGGUUAUGCGCCCAUCGAAACCUUGCAUCGGGCCCGUUGUCGCAACGUGAUCUAUUCCAUUCUUGAUCCGAAUCCUUCCCGCCGCAUUAAUGCCUCGCAGGUCUUGAAAUCCGAAUGGGUUCGCGAGAUCAAGCUGUGCAAGGCUGGCGAGGAAGGAUACUGA